AUGUUAAGUAUCUUAUGCCUUCCAGAAGAUCAGCAGUUAGAAGCUGCAGAAUCGAUUAAUCAAUAUAUUCAAGAAUCAGUAGAACCGUUUAUAAGGACACAAAGAGCUAUCCAUGAUAAGAAAAUUAAACACUUAGUCACGGAAAUUGAUUUAAAAAAACAUAGGGAUCUAUUGAAAAUUGAGUUUAAAACUCAGGAACAAUCAGAAUAUCUAUAG